AUGGCUCCUCUCAUCUUAACAUGGUAUUCAGAGCGUAGUCCUAGCGCGUCGCCAUACCGCCCUUAUCACUCUCCCGCGCCUUCCCAUUCGUCGCGCCUCCUUCUCCUCCCUUUUCUGACGGUCGCGCGCCCAUUUUCGCCCAAAGCGCGCUCUGCCAUCCCCCCCCUUUCCCCGUCCCGUCGUGCGCGCAUUGCGCUCCCGCAGCCGCGCGCGCUAAGCACCGUCCAGCAGCGCGCGCGCCUGCCCUUCCUUGUGGCGCAUCCUGCCCUUCCUCAAUCCGCCCCUUCACCCUCCUCCUCCUCUCCUCUCUCCCACUGGUUCCCUCUCCACUAUCUCACCCCUCCUCCACCUCUUUCCUCUCUUCAUCUGCUGCAGCUGGUAGCUGAUUGUGUUGUCGGCGCAGCAGCAGCCUUCUUCGCCGCUAUCCCUCCUCCUCUGGUUUCUCCCCUCAUCGGCUCAGCAGCAGACUACUUCGCCAUUUUCCCUCCUCUGGUUUCUCCCCGCAUCGGCUCAGCAGCAGACUACUUCGCCAUUUUCCCUCCUCCUCUUGUUUCUCCCCUCAUCGGCUCAGCAGCAGACUACUUCGCCAUUUUCCCUCACCCUCUGGUUUCUCCCCGCAUCGGCUCAGCAGCAGACUACUUCGCCACUUUCCCUCCUCCUCUUGUUUCUCCCCUCAGCGGCUCAGCAGCAGACUACCCCGCCCUUAUUCCUCCGCCUCUUAAAUCUCUCCCCACAUCUGCUCUACAGCUUGCAGUCAACUUCCCCAGUUGGCUGAACUGUCUUGAGCGCACGCUGUCUGGCACCCUCGUGAGUGGCUUGAACCUUUGGUUUGUCACUCAGCAGAGUGGUUCUAGCGCCAUUCCUACCUCUCCCUCUGCACCCACCUCUUCCUCCUCUUACCUCUAUGCUGAUGGCCUCCGUGCUGCCAUUGCUGAAACUGUGCGGCUUGUGGCCACGGCGCAAGCCACUGCCAUGGCUGCUCCUGACAAUGCUGGUGCAUAUCACUUAGCUCGUAUUCUUGUUGAGUCCCUUGAGAGCACCUGCAAGCGCCUCACUGGGCACCUCGCUGCCCCUUCUCCUCGCUCUACCUCUACGCCCCUUUCCUGUGCUCCAUCUCACUCUGAACUUCUCGCUGACUGGCAUUACUCGCACAUCCGCUAUGCCAAGGACCUUCUCGGCUAUCUCACCGAGCGCUUUCAGUCACAAACUCCCAUCAGCGUCAUUGCCCUCUUACGCGAGCUCACCUCUCUUCGUCUUGCUGACUUCACCACCAUGGCAGACUACAUCGCUCAAGUGCAGACGCUGUCCUCCCAACUUGCCGCUCAACAGUUUGAACUUUCUGAUCAAGUGUGCGGUGCCCUCCUCCUCACAGGCCUCACUCCUGAAUACAGUGUUCAUGUCACCUUGUAUGGUGAGCGCCCCGACGACCAGUGGUCGUUCUCCCGUGUCUCUGCCUUCCUCCUCCAGGCAGAGCUCAACCUCCGCAGCUGCCCUCCUACUGCCGCUGCUGUCACACCCUCUUCUGCCCCUCCUCCUCUCUCCACCACCACUGCCGCCGCUGCUUCUUCUCGCCCUCGCAACACCUUUCCUCCUUGCACCUACAUCAUUCGCCAGUAUCUUCGUCCCACAGCUGCUGCUCUUUCCCUCCCUCGCACUCUUGAGUUUGUUCUUGACAGUGGUGCUACUGACUCUGUCUUUUGUGAUGCUGGUGUGAUUCGCUCUUUUCCCUGUCCCCUCUCCAUUCAAGGGGCUGGGGAUACCAUGACCAUGACUUGCACCGCUAUUUCUUCUCUUCCCUGUCUUGCCUCCCCCUCUGGUGCUGUGACUGGCCUCUAUGUUACUUCAUGCCGCCACAACCUUCUCUCUCUCUCUCUCUGCUCUUCAACGUCUUUGUGUGCAAGCUAUCUUUCCUGA